AUGGGUGAACCAGAGACGGGAUAUGGAUCAGCUCUGACGCUAGAUUCUAUGAAAGUUAUUGCCGAAAGUAUUGGUGUUGCAAAUCUUGGUGAAGAUGCCGCAAAGGAGUUAGCUGACGAUGUUACAUUUAGAUUAAAAGUGAUUGUUCAAGACGCUAUGAAGUUCAUGAACCAUUCUAAACGACAAAAACUUUCCAUAACCGAUAUUGAUCAUAGCCUUAAAAUAAAGAAUGUUGAGCCUCAGUACGGCUUCAUUCAACCCGAUUUUCUUCCAUUUCGUUAUGCCUCUGGAGGUGGGAGGGAACUUCACUUCAUUGAAGAAAAAGAAAUUGAUCUAUCAGAAAUACUGUCAGCACCACCUCCAAAAAUUCCUCUUGAUGUAUCCCUUAGAGCUCAUUGGCUAAGUGUUGAUGGUGUUCAACCAACAGUUCCAGAAAAUCCACCACCAUUGUCAAAAGAAGCUCAAAAGUUGGAGUCUGUUGAUCCUAUUACAAAAUUAAGCAAACCUGCUAACAAAGAUUCUGCAGGAAAACCAGCUUGUGGUAAAGCAGCAAGAUUGAAGGCAUCAGAGUCUGUCCAUGUGAAGCAGCUAGCAACACACGAGUUGAGUGUGGAACAACAAUUGUAUUAUAAGGAGAUAACGGAGGCUUGUGUUGGCAGUGAUGAAGGACGAAGAGCAGAAGCCCUUCAAUCAUUGGCGUGUGAUCCAGGCCUUCACGAAAUGCUACCACGGAUGUGUACAUUUAUAUCUGAGGGUGUGAAAGUUAAUGUUGUACAAAAUAAUCUUGCGUUGCUCAUUUAUUUGAUGAGAAUGGUGAAGGCGUUGCUCGACAAUCAGUCUUUGUAUCUGGAGAAAUAUUUACACGAGCUAAUACCGUCAGUAUCGACGUGUAUAGUAUCCAGGCAGUUGUGUUUGAGACCAGAAGUGGAUAACCACUGGGCACUGAGGGACUUCGCCGCGCGUCUGAUGGCCCAAAUUUGCAAAACAUUCAAUACUUCGACGAAUAACUUACAAACAAGGGUCACAAGAUUAUUCUCAAGGGCGUUACAGUGCCCGUCACAAACGAAUAGCGAUUCUGGGCCGUCUAUGGUGACGUCUAUGAAGGAGUCGGAGAAAACGCCGCUCGCUUCACUCUACGGCGCCGUUCAGGGGCUGGCUGAACUGGGCCCGGAAGUUGUAAAGGUUUUCAUAUUACCCCGAGUUCGUUGGUUGGGCGAGCGUGUGGAAGGAGCUUUGAGUGGUAUAGGCGGCGCUGACCGACUCGCUGCGGGCAAUCUUAAGCAUCAACUGCUCAAAGUCCUGGCACCAGUUGUAAGACAGCUACGCCAGCCACCAGACUUGCCCGACGAUUACAAACGCGAAUAUGGCUACCUAGGGCCCAGUCUCCAGCAAAUGGUGAGUAAGCUGCGCCUAUCGCCGUCCACGACCGGCGGCGGCGGCGCCGUAGCGGUGGUCACUUGUACGCCGCCGUUGGUGCCUUUAACAACCUUACCGACACCAUCACCUCAACAUCAGAUGCUCACCAAAUCUGUUGAUUCGGGAACUCGAAGUAUAAUCAAUGCACCACAAUCUCCGGCUCCAUCCACGCCACCGCCGCAGAAAUUUGUAAUUGUCUCACAGCAGAAAUCUCAGACGCAGCAAGCGAGUGGUGCCUCUCACAUUGUAGUCCACAGCUCUCAACCAACUAUAGUUCGGAGCCAAAAUGUUCAGUCCAGUAUGGUGGUGACAAGUGGUCCAGCCAACCAGCAGCCCCAAAAAGUGGUAGUCGUGGGGAUGCAGCCACAACAAACCCAGGGGGGAGUCAGUCAGGCGCCAGUGUCAGUGGUAGCCAAGCCAGUGUUCGCCAGGGCCCCAAGUGCCCCGCAGCCGCCACCGGAGUUAGAUGACCUGUCACACCUCGCUUGA